AUCAAAACAAACGAAUUGUUGUUUACAAUGUCGUCUACAAGGCCUUCCCAAUAAACAAAGGCACGAGUGGAAACAUGUCGCCUUGGAAAUGUUGGAUAGCGACUAUAAAGAAGGAAGAGUGGGGACGAGGACAUUCCUUUCUUCCUUCCUGGGACGUCACAAUGAGCGUCUUGCUUCGACACCGAAAAGUGUGAACCAAGUAACGAUAAUAGCACAGCAGGCCAAACAAGCUUGGAGAAGAUGGCGAAUGAUUUGUUCAGCAAGAUCGCUCCGGAAGAUGUUCCUGCUUUAUCUUCCGUGUUUUCGGGACGAAAUUUAGCAGUGGCAUUCGUGUUUGUUCUCGUUGGACUGAUUUCCUCUAGAAAUUAUAAGCAUUGCUCUUAUCUUUGGAUGUGGAGGCCACGGAGAAUUUGCUUCCGGCAUGUUUUCGGCGGGAGGCUUCUGUGGGUGGGGAUUGCCUUCGCUCCUCGUCAGCUAUGUUUGGUCCUGAACAGAAUUUUCUGCCACUCUACUGACGACACCAGCAUGCCGUCCGACCCCAACAAUGUCGAAGACCGUCUAGAGAUGCCCGAUAAUGCCACCUCCAACCGUGUGUCAACCUUAGACGAAGCUGAGCUAAAGGAACUGAUGUCUCACAUAACCGAGUCUGAUGGCGGUCCACCAUGGCAGCUGAUGAUGGACAAGACAACUCCAACCCUGACGUACCAAGCUUGGUGCAGAGACCCGCCUGUUGGCCCGACACGGUAUUGCACCAGAACGGUCUUCACGGGCGUCUCGCCCGAGUUACUGAGGGACUUCUUUUGGGACGAUGAAUUCCGUCUCAAGUGGGAAAAGAUGCUAGUCUCCUGCAGGACUUUACAUGUCUGCCCACGAACUGGGACCAUGGUUGUUCACUGGAUAAGAAAGCUACCGCUGAUCCGCACUGAGCGAGAGUACGUCAUCGUUCGUCGCAUUUGGCAAUCUGAAUCCAGAUACUACUGCGUGACCAAGGGAACAACAUGUCCGUCUCUACCAAAUCGCAGAAAUACCCGAAGAGUAGAGGUUUACUAUUCUAGUUGGUGCAUAAAUCCAGUAGGAUCAGGGAGCCGGCAACAGCAGCCCGCAUCAGAGGUAAUCUUAUUCCACCACGAGGACAUUGGUGUACGAAAGGAGAUAGUUAAGAUGUGCGCCAGGGCGGGAAUGUGGGGCCUCGUGAAGAAAAUGGAGGGUGCAGUUCAAGCUUACAACCUCGCUCGAGCCAGCAGCACGCCUCGGUCAUCUUACGCGAUCCUGGCGUGCAUGACCACCAAAUGCGGGCCGCUGGCGGUUCCAGCUCCUUAUCUGGAAGUUGACAAGGAUGAGAAAUUGAAGGGUAGACAGAGGAAAGACGUGAACGUCUUGAAAUGGCUGGUGGUGGGCGGAGUAUUGAUAGCUUCCGGGCUGACUCUACAGGUCACUGGCAAGGUGGUGCUAUUCCAGUUAGGAAAAUGGAUGACGCAGUUCAGUAGGGCAAAGGAGGAUCAGCAAAAGCACGGAAUCACGCACUGA